GCUUGGACAGCAGCGUGCUCUCAAACAAGCAUUGCAGAGAAGUGCACGUGGAACAUUGACCCCGGCCCCGGAAGCCAGGGCAGUUCGGCCAAAGCGAUGAAGGAGGUGCUGGCCCCAUUAUGCCCACCGUGGAUGAUAUUCUGGAGCAGGUCGGCGAGUUUGGCCGGUUCCAGAAGCAAGCCUUCCUGAGCCUAUGCCUGCUCUCAGCUGCCUUCGCCCCCAUCUACGUGGGCAUCGUCUUCCUGGCCUUCACCCCAGACCACCGCUGCCUGAGCCCCGGGGUGGCCGAGCUGAGCCGGCGAUGCGGCUGGAGCCUGGCGGAGGAGCUGAACUACACGGUGCCCGGCCCGGGGGCCAUGGGCGAGGCCUUCCCCGGCCAGUGCCGCGGCUACGAGGUCGACUGGAACCAGAGCGCCCUCAGCUGCGUGGACCCUCUGGCCGGCCUGGCCACCAACAGGAGCCACCUGCCGCUGGGGCCCUGUCACCAUGGCUGGGUGUACGACACGCACGGCUCGUCCAUUGUGACCGAGUUUAACCUGGUGUGUGACGACUCUUGGAAGGUGGACCUCUUUCAGUCCUGCGUGAACCUGGGCUUCUUCCUGGGCUCUCUGGGUGUCGGCUACAUUGCAGACAGGUUUGGCCGAAAAUUAUGUCUCUUGGCUACCAGCCUCAUCAGUGCCGUCUUGGGCAUCCUCAUGGCUGUGGCGCGAGACUACCCGUCUCUGCUGCUCUUCCGCCUGCUGCAGGGGCUGGUCAGCAAGGGCAGCUGGACGUCUGGCUAUGUCCUGAUCACAGAGUUCGUGGGCUUGGGCUACAGGCGAACAGUGGCGAUCCUCUACCAGAUGGCCUUCACGGUGGGGCUCCUGCUACUCUCGGGGGUGGCCUACGCCAUCCCUCACUGGCGGUGGCUACAGCUGGCCAUCUCUCUGCCCGCCUUCCUCUCCCUGCUCUACUACUGGUGUGUGCCCGAGUCUCCCCGAUGGCUGCUAUCACAGAAGAGAAACACUCAAGUGAUAAAGAUAAUGGACCAUAUCGCCCAAAAGAACGGGAAAUCACCUCUCGCUGAUCUAAAGAUGCUCUCUCUCGAAGAAGAUGUCACUGAAAAGCUGAGCCCCUCCUUUGCAGACCUGUUCCGCACGCCACACCUGAGGAAGUACACCUUUAUUCUGAUGUACCUGUGGUUCACCAGCUCCGUGCUCUACCAGGGCCUCAUCAUGCACGUGGGCGCCACGGGGGGGAGCCUCUACCUGGAUUUCUUUUACUCUGCUCUGGUUGAAUUCCCGGCGGCCUUCAUCAUCCUCGCCACCAUUGACCACUGUGGCCUCAUCCGCCCCUUGGCUGCGUCCAAUCUGGUGGCGGGCGCAGCCUGCUUCGUCAUGAUCUUUAUCUCACAUGAUCUACACUGGCUAAGCAUCACAGUGGCUUGUGUUGGCCGAAUGGGAAUCACCAUCGUGUUCCAGAUGGUGUGCCUGGUGAACGCCGAGCUGUAUCCCACGUUCAUCAGGAACCUUGGAGUGAUGGUGUGUUCCUCUCUGUGUGAUCUGGGUGGAAUCAUCACCCCCUUCCUGGUCUUCAGGCUGAUGGAGGUUUGGCAAGGCUUGCCACUCAUUUUGUUCGCGGUGUUGGGCCUGGCUGCCGGGGGAAUGACGCUGCUUCUUCCCGAGACUGAACGGGUCACCUUGCCAGAGACCAUCGAGGAUGUGGAAAACCUCGGGAGGAUAGCAAAGCCCAAAGAAAACAUGAUUUACCUUCAGAUCCAAACAUCAGAACGCACUGGCACCUGAGAGAGACGCUUCGCUGGGACUGAGUGGCAGAGAGGAAGAUGGGGUUUUCAUCUGAAGAAAAGCUUAGAAACCCUGAUUUCUCUGUGCUCUU